UGUCUCUAUAUAUACCUUAGCUCUCCAGUCACCUUUUCGUCGCCAUCCAAUUCUAGUUCCAAUUCCCACUCCAUUCUCUCUUUUCUGUUCACAAUCCCAAUCCAACGAAACCCUUUGUUCAUUUCUUGAUUCUGUGAUUUGUGGCGAGCAGGUUUCGUUUUCCAUCAGAGUGAUAGUUUGAGAGAAUCAAUGGCUCUUUUGAAGGAAGUCGACGACAGCCUCACUAACCAAAUCUUCUCCAUCCUGGAAAACAGGUUUCUGUUUGGGUACGACAAUGUCGAUGCCGAUGAACCAAAACCCCAUCAAAGCAUUCAACUCCAAGAAAUGAAAUCUGGGAAACAUGUGACUGGGAAGGUUAGAAUCCUUUCCAUCGACAGCGGCAGCUUUUCCGAUGGGAUAUUGGCAGCCCAAUCCCUGGUUCGUCUCGAGAACUUUCUUCGUCGGAAAUCAGGAAAUCCAAAUGCCAACGUCGCCCAUUAUUUCGAUGUCGUUGCAGGCUCCGGAGCCGGUGGAAUCCUUGCAGCAUUUUUGUUUACUCGCGGUAAAAAUGGCUCUCCGAUUUUUUCUGCUCACGAAGCUCUUGAUUUCCUUGUAAAAAAUCGUCGGAAACUUUUUCCGACAUCGUCUCAAGGAAUAUUCGGUCGAAUUUUCCGUCCAUCAAAGGUGGAGAAACUGCUGAGCAAAACAUUCGGGGAGCUCACGUUGAAAGACACGUUGAAGCCGGUUCUGAUUCCCUGCUACGAUCUCUCCACCCAUGCGCCAUUCUUGUUUUCCCGCGCUGAUGCAUUGGAAAUGGACGGCUACGAUUUCAAGAUGAAGGACGUCUGUUUCGCUACGUCGGCUGAACCGACGGUGGCAGGGCCGGUAGAAAUGAGAUCGGUGGACCAGAGGACGAAGAUCGUUGCCGUUGAAGGCGGGGUGGCAAUGAACAACCCAACGGCAGCAGCGAUGACACACGUGCUGAACAAUAAGCAGGAGUUUCCGUUCUGCAAUGGCGUGGAGGAUCUCUUGGUGCUGUCUUUGGGGAACGGAGAGUCGGAUUUCGGUUCCGGCAAUCUUACUCCUCCGCGGCAGAGGAGCUUCCUUCGAAUAGCCGGCGAAGGAGCUUCCGAUAUGGUUGAUCAAGCAGUCUCCAUGGCAUUCGGACAAUACCGAAAGAGCAACUAUGUGAGGAUCCAGGGAAAUGGGGUCAUCCCCAAAAGCAGUGCAACUGGGGAGGCAUUGAGCAGCAUUGCCAAAGAGAUGCUGGCACAGAGAAACGUGGAGUCAGUCCUAUUCCAGGGGAAGAAGAUGAGUGAGGUGACCAACUUGGAGAGAAUAGAGAUUGUCGGCGGUGAGUUGAUCAAGGAGCAAGAAAGGAGGAAAACAAGCAUCCUGCCGACGGUGGUGUUGAAACAACCGCAAGCAUCAUCCUCACCAAGAACAUCAUCGGCCUCCGCCACCACCGUGUCAACACAAUCCUCAUGCUGACACCCUCAAUUCCCUGUCUUAUUCGAUAUCUCUUUCAUAAUUUUACUUACCUUAAAAUUAUGAAAAGCAACCUCAAAUGAAGACAGAAGAUUUUUAUUUACGGAAUUCAUUCGCUGCCGCUCGAGAUAAAUUAUAAAAUUGUCGAUGUGCUGUCCGAGCUGAGCUGUAAACUCUAAUUAUAUAAUAAUUAUUAUUAUUAUUGGAGUUUUUUUUUUCUUUUGUUAUUUUUGGAGUGGUUGGUGGGUGGGAAGAGCUUGUAUUAUUUGUAUAGUUAGACAAAUUUUUAGUUUGUUGGUGACCGUGUGUAUACAUGGAGUUAAAUAGAAUCAAAUCAGAAAAGCGGUGUCGUUUUCUUGUUU